AUGGACUCUGCUAAAAAUAUUUUCUACUUUGUCACAGCCAAAAAUCAUAAACACAAGUUAAUAAUACAUAAUAGUUGGUUCCUUAUAAACUCUUUGAUUCUACUCCUUCCGACCUUCUCCUUUUGCUCUUGUUCUACUGAUAUCAUAUCUACUGACAAACCAAUAAGAGAUGGUGAGCUUCUUGUUUCCAAAUCCAAAACUUUUGCUCUUGGAUUCUUCACUCCAGCAAAAUCCACAUCUCGCUAUGUUGGUAUUUGGUACAACAAUUUGCCAAUCCAAACUGUUGUUUGGGUUGCAAAUAGAAAUAGUCCAAUCAACGAUACUUCUGGAAUUCUAUCAAUCGAUCCAAAUGAAAAUCUAGUACUCAACCACAACCGUAGCACCAUUCCCAUUUGGUCUACCGAUGUUUCAUUACCACAAUCACAAAGAAAUAGCACCAGGGUUAUAGCUCAAUUAUCGGAUGUAGCAAACCUUGUUCUGAUGAUAAACAACACCAAAACUGUAUUAUGGGAAAGCUUUGAUCAUCCAACAGACACCUUGCUUCCAUAUCUAAAGAUUGGGUUUAAUAGAAAAACUAAUCAAAGCUGGUUCCUUCAAUCCUGGAAGACAGAUGAUGACCCUGGAAAUGGUGCAUUCACAGUGAAAUUCAACAGCAUUGUCAAACCUCAGUUGUUUAUGUACAACCAUGAUUUUCCAUGGUGGCGUGGUGGACAUUGGAACGGAGCAAUCUUAGUAGGUGCACCUAAUAUGAAACGAGAUAUGGCGAUUUUGAAUGUUUCUUUUGUGGAAGAUGAUGAUAACUAUGUAGCAAUCUCAUAUAACAUGUUUGAUAAGUCUGUCAUAGCUAGGAUAGUUGUUCAGCAAUCUGGUUUCUUUCAAAUAUUCACUUGGAACAAUCAAAAAAGUCAAUGGAACAGGUUCUGGUCUGAACCAACAAACCAAUGUGAUAACUAUGGAACCUGUGGAUCAAACAGUAACUGUGACCCUUUGAACUUUGAGGACUUUAAGUGUACUUGUCUACCAGGUUUUGAACCAAAAUUUCCACGUGAUUGGUAUGAGAGAAGAGAUGGGUCAGGAGGGUGUGUAAGGAAGAAAGGCGCAUCUAUUUGUCGGAAUGGAGAAGGGUUUAUCAAAGUUGCAAGCUUGAAAGUUCCUGAUAUAUCUGUGGCAGUUACUAAAGGUGGUCUGAGUUUGGAAGAAUGCGAGGAAGAAUGCUUGAGAAACUGCUCUUGUACUUCCUAUGCAGUUGCUGAUGUGAGUAAUGGUGGAAGUGGCUGUUUGGCAUGGUAUGGGGAUUUAAUGGACAUUCAAAAACUUAGUGAUCAAGGCCAAGAUUUAUUUGUACGUGUCGAUGCAGUUGAACUAGCCAAAGCCAAUAACCACAAAAGAAGCAAAGGAGUCCUAGGUCAAAAGAGGAUUUCUGCAAUUCUGGUUGCUUCUACAGUUGCGAUUGUCCUCCUCCUCUCCUUUGUGUUUUGCAGGUGGAAGAAAACAAGAAACGAUAAAAUGAUGCGGCAAUUUAACCAAGAUUCCUCUGAAGAAGAGAAUGGUGCUCAAAGCAACACACAUCCAAAUCUUCCCUUUUUCAGCUUUAAAACGAUUAUAACAGCUACAAGAGAUUUUAGUCAUCAGAAUAAGCUUGGACAAGGUGGAUUUGGCUCUGUCUAUAAGGGUUGCUUGGUUAAUGGACAAGAGAUAGCAGUGAAAAGAUUGUCGAAAAAUUCAGGUCAAGGAAAAGAAGAGUUUAAAACUGAAGUUAAACUUUUAGUUAAACUCCAACACAGAAAUCUAGUGAGGUUGCUAGGUUGUUGCUUUGAAAAGGAAGAAAGGAUGCUGGUUUAUGAAUACUUACCAAACAAAAGCCUAGAUUUCUUUAUAUUUGAUCAAAACCAAAGGUCAUCAUUGGAUUGGGGAAAGCGUUUUGAAAUUAUUUGUGGGAUUGCUCGAGGUGUUUUAUAUCUUCAUCAAGAUUCAAGGCUGAAAAUAAUUCAUAGAGAUCUAAAAGCCAGCAACGUUCUCCUCGAUGCUGCAAUGAAUCCCAAAAUCUCAGAUUUUGGUAUGGCUAGAAUAUUUGGAGAAGAUGAAAUACAAGCAAGAACAAAAAGAGUGGUUGGAACAUAUGGAUAUAUGUCACCGGAAUAUGCAAUGGAAGGACGAUAUUCAACUAAAUCGGAUGUCUUCAGUUUUGGUGUUUUACUACUGGAGAUUAUUGCCGGCCAAAGAAACACACAUUGUGAAACAGGAAGAGACUCCCCAAAUUUAAUUGGACAUGUGUGGACACUAUGGACAGAAGGAAGAGCCUUGGAUAUAGUUGAUCCAGAACUAAACCAGUUUUAUCCCCCUUCUAUAGUUAUGAGAUGCAUUCAAAUUGGACUUCUGUGUGUGCAAGAAAAUGCAAUUAAUAGACCAUCAAUGUUAGAAGUUGUUUUCAUGCUAUGCAAUGAAACACCUCUCUGCCCACCUCAAAAACCAGCAUUUUUAUUCAAUGGCAACCAAGAUUUGCAAGAAUCAUCAACAUCAGGAGGAGGAUCUUCAAUAAAUGAAUUAACAGAAACUACCAUCAGUGCUCGCUAAAAGCCACCUUAAUCAAAUAUGUAAAUUUUUGGUUCAUAUUUUUACAUCGGAAUUGAGUUUGUAGACAUUUCUUUAGAGGUUUUUGAGAACAAGUAUUGUUGUCACUUUGUGGUAUUGUAAAAUGAAUAAUUUGAUGUAUGAAAAUAUAAAUA